AGGAAAAAAAACGUGUAGUUAAUAUGUUGGUUUAGUCCUGGUACCAUCAGUUCUCUUUAGUGUUUGCCAAUGUUGGAGGUGUAACUGGGGUCUGGCCCUGGACGAAGCGAUAGAGCAUGGCUCAAGUGAAAGUGCAGACCUCAGCCCCCUUGUCUGGACCUGGCCUGACCGCCGUGGUGCCCGCUGUGGCCAUGCCCAGCCCAGGAGCUCUGGGUCUGCAGCCCACCAUCAAUGGCACAGUGCCAGCCACAACGCCCACCUGCCCCAGCCCUGCCUCUGGCUUUGUGGACUCCACUGUACCAUCCAGCCCAACAGGCCCUCCUCAAGAAAACAUGGCAAACCCUAAAGAGAAAACUCCCAUGUGUUUGGUGAAUGAGUUAGCCCGUUUCAACAGGAUUCAACCUCAAUACAAGCUGCUGAAUGAGAAAGGGCCUGCACAUGCUAAGAUCUUCACGGUGCAGCUGUGCUUGGGGAACCAGGUUUGGGAGUCAGAAGGCAGCAGCAUCAAAAAGGCCCAGCACUCCACAGCUACCAUGGCCCUGACAGAGAGCAGUCUCCCCCGACCUCCUCCCCGCUCCCCUAAAGUCGACAGCAACAGCAACCCAGGCAGCAUCACUCCUACAGUGGAGUUGAAUGGCUUGGCCAUGAAGCGAGGGGAGCCAGCUAUCUACAGACCCCUGGACCCCAAACCCAUUCCCAACUACAGAGCCAAUUACAACUUUAGAGGAAUGUUCAACCAGAGGUAUGUGCUUCCGCCUGAGGAUUUUUUAAAUCUCUGAAGCAGAACUGUUAUC